AUGAUUAACGCGACUCAGUUGAUUCACGCGACUCAGACAGCUCAGGCAGGCGUCACAGGGACGGAUGAUAGCAGUCGAUUCGAUCCCUGCGGGCCCUCGGGGCUGAAGCCCUCGCUUGUGGCGAAUGCGAUUCCUUCGACCGCGAGGCAGGGGGUAGGGUUGGCAGCGGAGGGGCCAUUGCUGGAUGGGAAAACCGCUCUUUUUCUUCCUUCCGGCCGUCAGCCGCCCUCCCCUCUACUGCUCCCGCCAUCCCCCAUGCUGCGGCAGCAGCAAGCAAUUCAACCGCUGCCCGCCGCACAGAACGAGCAGCCACUGGUGCCUCGAUCAGCGGCGCUUUCUCGUCCAUCUGCCGUCAUGUCCGUGCCGUCGCAUCCCUGCGUGCAGAGCGGCGCGGUCGGCGGGAGCGAGCCCACAUCGCACGGCGGAGCGCACGCAACGGUUGUUCCCUCUGCACCACCGCAUUGGCUCCUGGUGAACGGUUCCCCUGCGCCAGACAAGGCGGGCCGCCCGUCCGCGGGCAAGAAGCGCCGCCACCUUGUGGACGAGCCACCAGGGCUGUGGCUGGGUGACGGGUGUGACGUUGCCACGUGUGCGUCGGACCGGUCGGACAGUCCGUGUGGCGUGUGCGCGGCGAGCGUGCUGGUGGUGCAGGGCAACCGCGGGUGGCGCGAGGGCGGGGCGGCCGUGGAGGCGCGGGUGGUGGGCGACGAGGAGGGCGGGGCGAGCGCGCACGUGCUCGCCGUGCUGCUCCGCGGCCACGCGCGCUUUUCGUACCGUCCGGAGCAGGCGGGGGCGACGGGCAGCAGCAACCGGGUGACGGGCGCCAUCAUGUGGCGCCCCCCCAAUGCCGACGCGGGCAGCAGCGCCGCCUCGUGGGCGCUGGAGUUUGCGGAGAGGAAGGAGUGGCGAAGGCUCCAGCAGUUGCACGACUCAUGCGCCCAGCGCAACAGCCGCACCGUGUCGGCGUGCCGCAUCCCCAUCCCCGGCGUGCGCCUCGUGCCCUGGCGCUGGCGCUUGCGCGGCUCCUCCGCGUGCGCGGCCAGCAGCAGCGCCAGCAGCGACAGCGUGGCGGGGCCGGUGGAGGGCGCGGAGGCGGGUGAGGGGCGCGAGGCGUUCGCCCCCCCGGCGGGGUACAUCCGCGGCGUGGACGAGGCGGAGCGCGUGCGGGCUGGCAGCCGCCACGUGGUGUACGACCUCGACUUCGACGACGAGCGCUUCCUCUCCUCACUCCCGCGCACCCUCCGCCGCGCAGGGUUGGAGGGGCAGACAGGAGGGGAAGGGCAGGUAGGGGGGGAGGGGCAAGGAGGGGGGGAGGGGAAGGGAGGGGGGAAUGGGCAGGCAGGGGGGAAUGGGCAGGCAGGGGCACAGACGGCGGGACAAAGGGUUGAGAGUGUCGUGUGUGAGGGUAGAGGGGGUGAUGGGGAAGUGGAGGGGAGUGCAGUGGCAAUGAGCGAGGGGCAGGUGGAGAGGGUGAUGGACCGGCUGGAAAAGGAGUCAUUCGCUGUGCGCUCGUUGCUCUCCGAGGCACACGCCCUGCGCUGCUGCGCGCACCUGGCGCCGCCAGAUGCCCUUGCCUUCUCAUUCCACUUGUGCCCCUCCCGCCCUGUCCGGCCCCCCUCUUCCUCCCCCGUGUCAUGCGACGCCCCGCCGCUGCAGCGCGCGCCAUGGGAGGUGUAUCAGGCGCAGGUGAACGAGUGGCAGCGGCAACUGCAGCUGCUGCAAGCCCGUGAGGCCACGCCCCUCGCUCCGUCUCCUGAGCCGUGGGCCCCGGGGCAGCCGGGAGGAGGUGCGGAGGCAACAGCGGGGCAGAGGAUGGGCGAGGGAGCGGGGAUGGGUGGCGUGGCGAGGCAGGGAGAGAGUGGUGUCGCGCAGCAGCAGCAGCAGCAAGAGGAGGGAGGGGAGCAGCAGCAGGAGGGAGGAACGGGGCGUGCGGUAGCAAUGCAGCAGGGUCAGGUGUCAGCUGGUGCAGCAACCAAGCACGAGCAGCGUGAUCCCCACGGCCAACACCCACCCAGCACGGCAGCACCAGGUGGCGCAACAGCAGGUUUAUCCACUCCUGCGCGCCUUCCAAGAAGCCCGGCUGCCUCCUCCUCUCCUUUCCCCUCACCCAUUCCCUUCGGCACCCCUAUCACCCCCAUCACCCUCGGCCCUGGUAGUGCCGCGCAGCAGCGUAUGCCCGCCAUCCCCCGCCCGCCUCUCUUUGCCUUCUGCCUGCACCCGCGCGCCCACGCGCGCAGGGCCGCCUUCCCCUCGCGCGCGCGCUUCACCAAGCGCGCGCCGGCCUCCGCGGAGCACGCGCAGCAGGGGGGGCGGAGAGAGGGCGUGGAGGGGCUGGUGGCGGCCAAAAGGCAGCGCCGCGUGGUGUGCCUCGCAGGUGAGCCAAACCCUCCCCCUCGCCCUUCCGCUGUGCCGCGCGCCUUCUCCCCACUCAAUGCACCGCCUCAAUUCCCCGCACCUCCCUCCUGCCAAACCCUUGCUCGCUCGGCUGUGCCCCCCACUGCAGACCUGGGAGGCGAGGAGGCGGAGGGCAGCAGCAAGGGCAGCUCAGCAGGCGGGGCAGCAGGGGGAGCAGCAGAGUCUUUCCCUGGCACUGCCGCCGGCGCAGCAGCAGGUGUACGGGGGGGGCGAGGGGGGGAUGAGGCAGUUGCUGAGGCAGCAGCAGGCGAGGCAUGCGAGGGGGCGGGCAGCGUGGGGCUAGCUGAUGGGCAGCGCGGGGGGGCCGGACAGCCGUGGGAGCAUGCGAGAGGCGGCAGCGGAGGCGGCGAGGAUGAGGCGCAGCAGCAGAAGAGAGGAGCGGCGGGCGUGCGGUCAGAGUUGCUGUCGCUGGCGCACGCGCGCCCACUAGGCAGUGCAACCGCGCAGGCACGUGCGGCUGCGACGGCGGCGCUCGGGGAGGGGAUGGGUGCAGCGCCAAGAGAUGUGAGCGCAGGGCGGUGGGCGCAUUGCGCGGCGGAGGGGAGGCCAUUGGCGCUGAUUGUGGGAGGUAGAGCGCAGGGGAUUGCAGGCGCAGGGGGAAGGAGAAGGCGCAGGGCGCGGGCAGUGUUGGUGCUGCAGCAGACACAGCAGCACGUGGGGUGGGCAGGGCAGGUGGAGGAGGGGGCAGGCGAGGCAGGUGGCACACAAGGUCGCGGAGACAGCUCUUUGAGUGGCGCAGAGGUGCACGCAGUGGGUCACGAGGCACAGGCGCUCGCAGGCAGCAGCAGGGGGGGGAGGCGGGUGGUGGAUCACAGGUUGCCUCAGGUGAGCAGACUAGCGGCGCCUGCGAUGCGUGGCGGCAUGGCAGCAGGUGGUGGGCGCGAGGCGGGUGCAGUGGGCGCACAGGAGCAGCUGGGAUAUGCUGGAACGGGUGCUGAAGAUGAAGAGUGGGGCAGAGAGGUUGGGAGAGAGACGGGAGCAGAGAGGGGCGGCGCUGCUGUGAUGAGUGGAGAAGCGGAAGAUGGGGCGGGUGGAGGGGCGGGCAAGGGCACGGUGGUGUACCACCGCAAGCGUCAGCGGUCGUGGCGAACAGCACGCGGUGGGGGGCACGCGGGCAGCGCUGCUGCCUGGCGCCCUGGCAGGCCUAGAAUGGCCGGUCUGUCCCCUGCCCGCCUGCUCCUGCCUGGGCCCCUCACAGCCUCGCCGCUCAUCUCUGAGCCCCACUUGCCCUCACCUCGUCUCGCUCACCCUCCAGCCGUGCUCCCGUCUGCAGCACAGGACCCAGCAUGUGCAUCCUCAAAUAGAGAGGCGCAGCGGCAAGGGGAGGAGGAGCAAGGGGUGGAGGAGCAAGGGGUGGAGGCGGCGAGGGCGGCGGGGAGGAGUGCAAGGGCGAGGGCAGGUGCAGCGAGGGUGAGGGCGAGCAAGCUGCAGCACGCGGCUGAUGCGGCGCUGGAGCACGCCUGCCACCGCCUCGCUCUCCUCCGUGCUGCUCAAGCCGUGCCCACUGCCAUGCCCUCUCCCAUGCCCCCUGCCAUGCCCCCUGCCAUGGCUGCCAUGCUCCCUGUUCCUCCCCACCACCUUGUUGAUGCCGCUCGUCCACCAGCCACUCUGCCAGCCGUCACUGCAGGUUGUGCUGGGGCGGGGUGUGCGGGAGGGCAUGCAGCAGCUUGUGUGAGAGGCGAUGGGUGCAACGAGUCAGGUCGGCCUGCCUCCCUGCCGCCUCCUCCAUGUGCCGCUCAUCCUGCUCCCGCUGCCCCUCCUGCCCACCCGCCUCCCAUGCUGCUGCCUGUGCCUCCAACCGCCCAACAUCCACAGCAGGCAACCCCCCCUCUCCCUCCUCCCACAUCUCCUCCUCAGUCCUCCCCCUCACCACAGCAGCAGGAGCAGCAGCAGCGGGCAGGCAGCAGCCCAGUGGCGCUAAGGCCGUCGUUCCCGUCGCCCUCGUCGGUGGCCAAGAGAGCAGCCGUUACGUACCGCCGUGCUGACAUCACUCUGCGCCGCGCUGAUGUCACGCUGGGCGAGGAGGGGUGCGGCUUCAGCCUGCUGCCCUCGCCACACUUCCCCCUGCGGGCUGCCUCCGUCACACACAAGCCUGCUGACAUCACUCUCCCGCAUGCUGAGGUCACCAUCUCAGAGCACCUGACUGGCAAUGACGACAGCCCUCGCCCUGGCAGCCCAGCGCCCCCCAUGCCGUCCACACUUGACUCCCUCCAACCCCCCCUCGCUGCACUCACCCCCAUCCCUGCUCCACCGCUCUCUCAUGAGCGCGAGGGCGAGGGUGGGCAGGGGUGUGGGGAUGUGUGGAGCAUGGGAGGAGGGGCGAAAGAGAGUGAAGAGAGCAGCAGGGAAGGAAUGGGCUGGGCGCUGCAUGCAGCAGUUGAGGUGGACGGGGUGGUGGAGGGGCGUGGCAGCAUGGGUGUACACAAGCACAUGGCUGGUGGCGGCAGCUGCCACGCGAGCGCUGAUGCGGUGCGCAUGCAAGUGGAUGGGAUGCAGUGGGGUGGAGGGCCGUGGGGCAACGCAUGUGAAGGAGAGGCGAUGCAGGCAGCAAGUAAAUCAAGUGGAGAUGAGACUAGCGGGGAGGGGCGAGGCAGGCAAAGACUCAGGGAGGAGGGAUGUGGGGGGAAGCUGGGUGUGCAAAGGACAGUCGAGGGGGGUGAGGGGAGAGGCGGUGGGUUGGAGGGGUGUGCGAGUGUGAUGUAUGUGGUGAAUGGGCAUGUGGAGGGAGGCGCGCACACGCGCAGGCAGCAGGUGGGGGAGGAUAGGGCAGUUGCCACAUGUCACACUGGGGUGGGGGAGGGGGACGCAGCACACGGGUCUGAAGGAGGAGAUGGUGGUAUAGAGGGGGCAGUGAGCAGUGGAGGUGACCCUGCGUGGAGUGGGCAUGGCGGCGUGGGGACGGCGUCGGGUGAUGUGGCGGAGUGUGAGCGCGGGAGCCACGCAGGCGGGGAUGAGGCGGCUUGCGGGGAUCGAUCAGGGUCGGCAGGUGCAAGCGAGGCUGCCCGUGCGGGGCAGGGUGAAGGCGGUGAGAAGGGGGGGGCAGCUGUGAUGGUGGUGGGGCCGUUGCCACUGCUGCCUGUCCCCGAGGCCCCUUUGCGUGAGCGGUGGGUGGGCUGCGGCGCACAGGGGUGGAAGGAAGCUCCCACAGCGGUGGUGCAGGGGCAGGCCCAUUCAGGGGAGGUGGGGACAACAGCGGGCAUGGGUGGCACAGAGGAGGGUGAGAGGCACAGCAGAGUGGGUAGUUGA